AUGAUUAGGUCUGUACGCAUUGCUCGCCCUUAUAUUAAGCACUUUCCAGCAGUGAGAGCUUCAAUUGGGCUACAUCUUAGAUUCAAUUCCCAAGCUACCAAAACAUCGAGUAGCAAACCCAAUAAUGCCAAAUUCCACAAGCCUAAAGAACCUGGUGAUGCCGAAGCUGGGUCUCAGGAGCCUUCCGAGGCUGCCGAUGCUGCUGCUACUAUAUUGGCUGAAUUGAGGGAUAAACAAAUCAACCCCAAAAAAGCCACUUGGCUUGAAGCAUUGACGGAACAGGAGAAGUUCCAAGCAGAAGGUAAACGUAUAGAUUCGUUUGUUUACAACAACCCAGUGACUGACAAAGUUGGUGAAAAGACAAGAGCUGAUUCGUUUUCAUAUUUGCUUUUGCCAUUCAAGGAUGAUCAAUGGCUAUGUGAUGCAUACAUCAAUGCUUUUGGUAGAUUACGUGCCGGUCAAUUAUUUCAGGAUUUGGAUGCAUUAGCCGGGAGGAUUGCUUAUAGACACUGUUCACCAGCAGAGCCAGUCAAUGUUACUGCCAGCGUUGAUCGUAUUUAUAUGGUGAAAAAGGUUGAUGAGAUUAGUAAAUUUAAUUUCGUUUUAGCUGGAUCUGUUAGUUGGACUGGUAGGUCAAGUAUGGAAAUUACUGUCAAGGGGUAUGCAUUUGAACAUGACAUCAAGGAAGAAGAUAUAAAGAUUGACACGUUGCCUUCUUCUAAUGUGUUUUUAACUGCUAAUUUUACAUUUGUUGCUCGUAAUCCAAUCACUCAUAAAUCAUUCCCCAUUAAUCGUUUGUUGCCAAUAACUGAACAAGACUGGGUUGACUACAAAAGAGCUGAAAGUCAUAAUGCCAAAAAGAAGUUAGAAGCAAAGAAAAUGCAUAUUAUUGAACCUACUGCUGAGGAAUCAAAAGUGAUUUAUAACAUGUGGAGAGCUACACAAUCGAGUGAAAAUGUUGAUAAAGUCAAUUCAGCUAACGCAAUAUCGUUUAUGAAGGAUACUAAACAGACAUCAACUUUGUUUAUGCAGCCACAAUACCGUAAUCGUCACUCAUAUAUGAUAUUUGGUGGGUAUUUAUUACGCCAAUCAUUUGAAUUGGCUUAUUGUACCGCUGCAAGUUUCUCAUUAGCUGGACCAAGAUUUGUUAGUUUGGAUUCAACUAAUUUCAAGAGUCCUGUACCAGUGGGAUCGGUUUUAUCAAUGUACUCGUCAGUGUCGUACACUGAACACUUGCAUGAUUCGACUGAAACAACAGAGAUUGUUAAAGAGAAUGCGCCAUUUACUUUCCAAUUGCCAGCAAUGAACAAGAUCAGCUCUAAUCCUGAUGCAUUUUUAUCGGAACCAGGUACAGUUGUCCAAGUUAAAGUCGACACUUUUAUCCAACAUUUGAACUCGAAUAAAAAGAAAGAAGCAGGAACGUUUAUCUAUUCAUUCUUUGUUCCUAAAGAGACCGUUAGUAAGGUAGAAGGAUCGGAAACUCAUGUGGGAUAUUGUUCAGUUGUGCCACAAACUUACUCCGAAAUGAUGACUUAUAUUUCUGGUAGAAGAAGAGCUCAUGACACUGCGCAGUAUGUGGAGACUUUGCCCAAGGCAGAGACUUAG